AUGGACUCCAACAUUGUGUUCUCCCCCUCAUCGAUCUAUGUCGUUCUGAGCUUAAUUGCUGCAGGUUCUAAUGGUCCAACCCUUGACCAGAUGCUUUCUUUUCUGAGGUCGAAGGGAAAUGGACAGCUCAAUUCGUUUGCUUCUGAGAUCAUUAUUCUGGUCUUGACCGAUGGUAGCCAGAGUGGGGGACCCCGUUUGUGCUUUGUAAAUGGUGUCUGGGUGGACAAGUCUUUCCCUUUGAAGCCUUCUUUCAAACAGAUUGUAGAUAAUGUUUACAAGGCAGAGUCGAUGGAAGUUGAUUUUGAGACAAAGGCCGAUGAAGUGAAUUCAUGGGCUGAAAAGGAGACAAAUGGUCUUAUCAAAGAGGUUCUUCCUCCAGGGUCAGUUGAGUGGUUGACCAGACUAAUAUUUGCAAAUGCACUCUAUUUUAAGGGAACCUGGAAUGAGAAGUUUGAUUCAUGGAAAACCACUAACUAUAGCUUCUACCUUUUAGAUGGAAGUUCAGUUCCUGCCCUCUUCAUGACCAGCGAGAAAAAGCAAUAUGUUGAGGCUUAUGAUGGUUUCAAAGUCCUCAGGCUUCCUUAUAACAAAGGGGAAGAUAACAGGUGUUUCUCCAUGUACUUAUUUCUACCAAACACAAAAGAUGGGCUUCCAGCUUUGGUAGAGAAAGUUGGUUCGGAACUUGGGUUCUUAGAUCGAUAUCUCCCAUCUGAAGCAGUCCAAGUGGGAGUUUUUAGGAUUCCAAGAUUCGAGAUUUCAUUUGAGUUUGAAUCAUCCAAAGUUCUAAAAUAUUUAGGACUGGUGUUGCCCUUCUUGUCUGGUGGUUUCACAAAGAUGGUGGAUUCACCACGAGCCUCGGAGCUCUCUGUCUCCAAAAAUAUACCAGAAGUCCUUUAUUAAUGUCAACGAGGAAGGUACUGAAGUUGCUGAUGCU